UGAGCACGUGCCUUGCGCCACGCACGUGCUCGAUCUGCUGAUGGAGGACGUGGGGAAGCUCCCUUGGGCCGCUGGCGUGGUGAAGGAGGCGAGCGAUAUUAUCACGUACAUGCGCAGCCACCACUGGACCCGCCAGUACGUUGAAAAUCCCGACGUCGCGGGGGGAAAGGGGCUACAGGUGCUGAGGCCUGCAGGGACUCGCUUCGGGACACAGUACAUUGCUGUGUCCCGCCUUGUUGCCGUGCACGAGAUCCUGGAGGGAAUGGUGGUGAGUGAGCUGUGGAAGAAGAAUUGGGCGGUGGGGUCGAGGAAGGCAGCAGCAGAUGCGUUCAAGAAGCAGAUCUUGGAUGAGAAGAAUGAGUGGUGGCCCAAGGCGGAGCUCUUCACUAGGGUGCUGGAGCUCCCAUUCAAUGUCAUGCGGGCGACAGACACAGAGAAGAAGGGGAUGAUGGGAAGCCUGUAUGACAAGAUGCUGCUGCUUACAGAGCAAAUGGAGGCGUUGCUGAAGAAGGAGACCCACGAGGUGCUGACGUCGACGGCUAAGAGUGCUAUUAAUGAGAUCGUGACAGCGCGUUGGGAUGGGAGCCUGGCCUGCCCGCUGCAUGUGGUUGGUCGGAUUCUUAAUCCGAUCAACCAGUCAGCGGACAUAUUCGGCCCCGACGUGGAGUGCACGAACGUGUUCAAGGAUUUUGUGCAGCGCCACUACGAGGGGGUCAUGGUCCCUCAGAAGAGGGGACCGCCCAAGCGUGCAACCCUUGUCAUACAGGAGGGGCUGGCGGAUUACUUGGAGUUGAGGGGGAGCUUUGGCAAGAAGGAGGCCAUUACUGACCGGCAGUUGGUCAAGGAGGGCACGCACACCAUGAAGGCAUGGUGGCGGUGGCACGGCACCGACCACCCCUUGCUCACGGCACUUGCACACCGUGUGCUGACACAGCCUGUGUCGGCUGCCUCCUGCGAGCGCAACUGGGCGGUGUGGGAUGCUAUCCACACCGCCCGGCGCAACAGGUUGGGGUCUCAGAAGCUGUCGGAUUUGGUGUAUGUUGCGCACAACUGGAACGUUGUGCGCAACUGGCAUGAGGAGGGGAUGGGGGUGUGGAAGAUGGAGGUACUUGGAGUGUGUAGAGGUUGUUGGCGGUCAGUAUGAAGCGUGCAAGGAGGGCAUUGUUGGUGGGAUCAAGGAGAUCACAAUGAUU